GGGAGAGGCUAUGGGGCCGAGUUAAGUGGAGGGAUCCUGACUGUUGGCGGACCGGGGAGGGGGAGCGGAGGGACCGGCUGGUUUACCGUCGGCAGGUGACACUCCGAGGGGUGGGAGGAGGGGAAGGGGCCGGGCGCGGAUCAGCCUGGCGGAGAGGAGCGGGCCGGAGGAGGCCAGGCGUUGUUAUUUGUUCUCUGCACUGCGAUUGAUAAUUAAUCGGGGGCGGGGGAGGCCCGGCGCUUGCAGCCUUUGUGUGAGGUUGCUCUGGCCCCGGGCGGAUGCCGAGGCGGAGGGGAGCCGCCGCCUGCUUCGCGGCUUGAAGUUGUGCCGCUCUCCUUCCACUUCCCCGAUCUCGUCUCAGGCCGUGUCUCGUUCCCCUGACAGCCAUCUACUAUGGCCGUCUCCUGCUCCACCAGCUGUUGUUCCUCAUUCUCCAGCGGCCAGAGAAACCCAUGGUACUGUUGGACUCGGGUAUCAGCCUUCAUUGUUCUCGCCUUCACCAGAAGCACUGUUCUAGGAGAAAAGUAUGGUUUGGCAAAUGCGCAGGUUCCGGAUACCUCAACUGCUUGUGGUGAUGCACCAGAACAGCUCAGGGCGCCAAGUGGAAUAAUCACAAGUCCAGGUUGGCCUUUUAACUAUCCAGCUAGUAUUAACUGCAGUUGGUAUAUCCAAGGCAAUCGAGAGGAAAUCGUCACCAUCAGUUUUCAGGAAUUUGAUGUACAGACCUCAGCUUGGUGUAGUUCAGACUGGCUAACUAUAGGAACCCGUAAAAGCAUCGAAGGAACACGAAUGUGUGGUUCUUCCAUUCCAGCACCAUUUAUUUCUUCAAAAAGCCAUGUCUGGAUUGAGUUUCAUUCAGAUGACAGCUAUACUGGAAAAGGCUUCAGGCUCUCUUAUGUCAUAGGAAAGUCUGUGGAGGCAAGCUGUGAUUGGGACCAGUUCCACUGCAACAAUGGAAAAUGUAUCUUCGAUACUUGGAAGUGCAAUACCAUGGAUGAGUGUGGAGACAAUUCUGAUGAAGAAUUUUGUGAGCGGUCAAUGCCUCCUACUGAUUUUCCAUUUCAGCCUUGUACUUAUGACCAGUUCCAGUGCCUUUCCCGAUAUACAGCAGCUUAUACAUGUUUACCUGAGUCCUUGCGAUGUGAUGGAAAUAUUGACUGCCUUGAUUUGGAAGAUGAAAUAGAUUGUGAUGCCCCAAGUUGUGGUGAAUGGCUGAGAAACUUUUAUGGCACAUUUAAUUCUCCAAAUUAUCCUGCCUUUUAUCCACCUGGAAGCAACUGCACAUGGCUAAUAGAUACGGGAGACCGACGCAAAAUCAUUUUGCGCAUCACUGACUUAAAGCUGGAUGGCAUUGGCUAUGGGGAUUAUAUCAAAGUGUAUGAUGGUCUGGAGGAAAAUUCACACAAAUUGCUUCGUGUCUUAACGCCUUUUGAUUCCCGGACACCAAUAACUGUCAUCUCUUCUUCGGGUCAAGUACGGGUACAUUUCCAUGCUGACAAAGUGAAUGCAGCUAGAGGUUUUAAUGCCACCUACCAAGUUGAGGGAUUUUGUCUUCCAUGGGAAAUCCCUUGUGGUGGCAAUUGGGGUUGCUACUUUGAGCAACAGCGCUGUGAUGGUUAUUGGCACUGCCCAAAUGGACGAGAUGAACGCAACUGCAGCUCAUGCCAAAAGGACGAGUUCCCCUGUUCCCGCAGUGGUGUAUGCUACCCUCUGGCUGACCGUUGCAACUACCAGAAUCAUUGCCCAAAUGGCUCGGAUGAGAAGAACUGUUUCUUUUGCCAACCUGGUAACUUUCACUGCAAGAAUAACCGCUGUGUCUUUGAGAGCUGGGUGUGUGAUGCACAGGAUGACUGUGGUGAUGGCAGUGAUGAAGAAAACUGUCCUGUGAUUGUACCCACCAGAGUUAUAACUGCAGCAGUCAUUGGAAGCUUAAUCUGUGGGCUACUGCUUGUGAUUGCUCUAGGAUGUACCUGCAAACUAUACUCUCUCAGAAUGUUUGAACGCAGGUCUUUUGAAACCCAUUUAUCAAGAGUUGAAGCAGAACUGCUACGAAGAGAGGCUCCACCAUCCUAUGGUCAGUUGAUUGCACAAGGCUUGAUUCCCCCAGUGGAAGAUUUCCCUGUAUGUUCAUCAAGUCAGGCAUCCAUUUUGGAAAAUCUCCGAUUAGCAGUAAGGUCACAACUUGGAUUAACCUCCAUUCGAUCUACUACAUCUAGUAGUCGAUCUAACUUAUGGAACCGUAUCUUCAGCUUCACAAGAUCCAGGAAUUCGGGGUCUCUAGCUCUUGUGUCAACAGAUGGAGAUGAUCCUACAGGUGAACAGAAUGUUACAAGGGAAUCAGAAAGCCUACACCGAAGACUUCUGACAUUUGAGUCUGAUGAUGCAGAUCGAGACAGUGAGCGGAGAGAUGUACCUGGUGCAGUUGGUGGGGUGGUGGCCCCUCUACCUCAAAAGGUGGCACCUACCACAGCAGUAGAAGUUGUUAUAGGAGCAAGUGGAAUUUCAUCUGGUUACCAUACAAAUAUUGCUGCAGAAGUAGCUACCUCACAAUUGGAAACCUCAGAGCAGCCCAGCAUUAGUCCGGCAAGACAGCAGUUGACCAGUGCACUGAGCAGAGUGACUCAGAGUUUGCGAUGGAUGCGGUUUUCCAUUGGGAGAUCCAGUUCAUCAAGUCAGAACCAGAGUCCCUUGCGACAGCUUGAUACUAGAGUGAAUGGAAGAGGAGAUGAUGAGGACGAUGAUGUUGAAUUAUUAAUUCCCAUUUCUGAUGCAGCAUCAGACAUUGAUAUGAGGGGCUGUUGCAGACCAGUUGGUGAGCAAAGCCCUAGAGGGGUGCAAGGAAUCGGACAGCACUGUGCUUUAAUGCCUCAUAGGGAACAGUCUAGUGGUAGAGAUGGGCCUUGUGAGCACUGUGGGAUUGUACAUACAGCCCAAAUACCCAAUGCGUGUCUGGAAGCAACACUGAAGAAUGAAGCCAGUGAUGAUGAAUCCUUGCUUGUCUGCUAGCUGUGCAGUACAAUGACUACUAAUUUUAUUUAUGCUCUUGGCGGUACUGUGCAUCGUGACUUUGCUUUUUUUUGGUACUUGAAAAAGAAACCAAAUUUGUGUGACUGUCAAAUACAAUAUUUAUUACAGUUUACUUUGGUUUAUGGGAGUCAAUGCAUGGUAACAUGUUUCAAUGUUUUGAUUUUUAUUAUGCAUUCAGGAUAAAUAUUAAAUUUAUUUUAAUGUGUAGAAUGAAACUAAAUUAUAACUUGUUUCUGUAUUAACACUUUUCCUAGCUAUUUCUAAAAUAUUGUCUAUUUAUUUAUUGGUUUUUUCAUAAAUUGCAUGUUUUAUGAUUUCUAACAAUUAGGCUGUUGGGUGCCCUGAAAACUGAAUCUGGAACAUGAAAAGUAAUGUAAACAAAUAAAAAUCCACUUUUACAGU